UUACAAUUAGUGCACCAACCCAAAAAACCUUCCUCCCCCAUUUACACUCAUUCACACAAAAGGGUUGUUUCUUUCUGUUAUUAAUAUUCUGGUUCCUACAUUAUAUAUCAAUAUAUAUCAAUACAGUCUGCAAGGGAUACAGUCCGUAAGCACACAUUUUAUGAUUGUGCGUGCUGCUGGUCCACUAAUAGUACUAACCUUUAACAGUUAAUUUUACUCAUUUUCAUUAAUUAGUAGUUUCAGUGUAACUGUUUUUAUAGUGUUUUACUUUAUUUUUUAUUCAAGAAAAUGUUUUUAAUUUAUUCAUCUUAUUUUAUAAUUCUUUUUUUUAAGUACCUUAUCUUCACCAUACCUGGUUGUCCAAAUUAGGCAUAAUAAUGUGUUAAUUCCACGACUGUAUAUAUCGGUUGAUAUCGGUAUCGGUAAUUAAAAAGUUGGACAAUAUCGGAAUAUCGGAUAUCGGCAAAAAGCCAUUAUCGGACAUCCCUACUCUCAAUAUAGAGACAACUUGUUUUUCUACUUUACUGGUACUUUAAGGUUGUAAGUUGAGGCACUAUCAUAUAUAUAGUGUGAAAUAUAUUGCAUUAUAUGUGAGAGAUGGCGUCAGCGGCACUGUUGCUUGAUGCUAACGACCACAUGUCCGUGCCAGUGCCUGCGAUGAGCUAACCUGUGGGAAGAUGGCGUUCUUCAAGAGCUUUCAGCAGAACCUCCCGUCCGUCAACAUCUCCUCCAUCUUGGACUCGGUGAGCAGCCGAGUGGACGACCUGGCCAACGCCGUCAGCGACGUCACGUACGCCGUCAGCGACCAGCUGACCGAGCAGGUCAACACCAUCAUCAACAAGGUGCAGGAGGAGGAAGACGGCGAGCAGGAGGCGGCGCCGACGUCCGGAGCGCCGGAGGGGAAAAGCGUGUGGCCUUUGAGCAGGGAGUCAGAAACAAGUUCCAGCGCCAAAAACAACCAAAGCGCCGAUGCGGCGGAGGCGGAGAACACGGCCAGUCAACUGGAGUGGGAAUGGAGGGAUGGGUGCUGGCGGGUGAAGAAGACGGAAGCCGAGUUAGUGGAGGAGGAGAAGAAGAAGAAAGAGGAGAAGGAGCUGCAAGAGAAGCGAGAGCAGAGGAGGAAAGAGAGGAGAGAGAAGCGUUUGCAGGCGGCCGCCAUGAUUCAGAAGAACAAUUUCCAGGAUGAAGAGGGGGCAGAAGACGGCGGGUUGGAAGGAGAGGAAAAAGAGGAGAGUCGCGGCGAAGAAACGACUCGUGACGACUGUGAGGAACCUGAAAAUGAAACAUCGCAGCUUGGGAACGACAGAAUGUCCCAACAGAAGGAGGAGAAGGACGAACAGGAGGAGAAGGAGGAGGAGAAGUGUAGCCUGGAGGGUGACGGUGAUGACGAGGAGGUGGACGAAGCCUCUGGAGCUCAAGUGAAGAAAAAGAAGAAGAAGGAAAAGAAGAAGAAGGAGAAAAGCAAGAAGAGCAAGAAGAAGGAGAAAAGCAAACAAGAGGUGCUGCUAACAGACAGUGAGGAGGACCGAGACGCUGUAGUCCAGUCCAACGCGAGCCCCGUAGUGCUGCAGGAAGGACACAGCAGCGAGGCCUCAAGCCAACACGCCGGCAGCAUACAGAGGGUAAAGAAAGCCCCACCGCUCAUGGAGGGACAACCGCCGCCGUACCGGGACCGAGGAAGGGUGGCACGCGUUUCGUCCUCUCGUUCGGCACGAGAGGCCAGGAGGGGGUCGUCGCCUCAGCGCUGCUCCAGCGAGGCCAUGAGUGUGGACCAGGACACGGAGAGCUACCUCAACAAAGGCUGCGAGGAGGACAUACCCAGUGACAGCACUGCUGUGGUGGGCACAGAGGACAGUUGCGGCCCUCAGCUCCUCUCAGCCUACGAGCCGGAGCCUCUGGCCAAGUACGGCACGCUGGACGUCGCCUUCGAGUACGACUCCUCCGAGCAGUGGUUGGCCGUGACGGUCACCGCGGCGACGGACAUCCCCGCUCUCAAGCAGACGGGCAACACCUCGUGGCAGGUCCACCUGGUCCUGCUGCCCACCAAGAAGCAGCGGGCCAAGACGGGCGUCCAAAAGGGACCGUGUCCCGUCUUCACGGAGACCUUCAAGUUCUCCAGAGUGGAACAAGAGGCCUUGGGCGACUGUGCCGUACGAUUCCGCCUGUACAGCAUCAGGCGCAUGAAGAAGGAGAAGAUCCUGGGCGAGAAGGUCUUCCACCUGACUAAACUCAACCUGCAGGGGAAGAUGGCUCUUCCAGUCACCCUGGAGCCUGGCUCUGAACUUACAGGCUGUGGCUCGGUGGUGAGUGUGUCCCGCAGUGCAGGAGCCGUGUCCUACAGGUCUACAGAGGACUCGUCCUCGCCGGAGAUCCUCCUGGGCCUCGUUUACAACUCUGCCACAGGAAGUUUAUCUGCCGAGGUCAUCCAGGGCAGCCACUUUAAAACCACCUCGUCCGAUAAACCUGUCAACACUUACGUCACGCUGAGCAUGCUGGACUCCAAGGGGAAGGAGAUGUCCAAGUGCAAGACGGCGGUGUGCAGAGGCCAGCCCUGCCCCACCUACAAGGAGACCUUCGUCUUCCAGGUGGCGCUCUUCCAGCUCUCCGAGGUGUCGCUGGUGUUGUCGGUGUUCUGCCGCCGCAGCAGCAUGAGGCCCAGGGAGCGCGUGGGCUGGGUCUCCUUGGGACUCAACAGCACCGGCGAGGAGCAGCUGGCCCACUGGACGGAGAUGAAGGAGUCCGAGGGGCAACAGAGCUGGGACUUCUCCUCCACUGGUAUUUUCUUCUACGUGGUCAGCUGCCACCAGCAUAGCAGACAUUUCUUAAAGUCACAAGCAAAAAUGCACCGACUGUUUUAAAAAAAAAAAAAAAAAAAAAAAAAAAAAAGGGACGUGGGGCCUAGAACAUGCUGCAACUUUACUCACAAGCUGUGCUUCUCGUACAGUUUGUUUACAUGCACCACAUUAUGCAAGGGUCAUUGUUUAUUAUCAGUCAGGAGGUUUACCAGAUAAGUCAAGCUUAACUCACAUGAUGCAAGCUGACGGUGUCUGUUUCACCAUUCCGCCUUGGGCCGUGUGCACUCAUGCACGAGCACGGUACUCUCUGAAAGAUAUGCAAAGUUAAAAAAAAAAAGAAAAAAAAAAAUAUAUAAGUAUUGCGCAAGAAAUUUGUCAAUCCGACCUGUUGGUCGUCUUCAUGUUGAGAUCUUCUACAUCCAAGAAUCUACCUGCAGAAUGACUCACACACUCAUUACAACGGAAUUGUUCAAUAGCAUUGAAAAAAAAAAAAAGGAACAAAAAUUUGGAUUGAGACAAGGUCAGUUUUUUUUAUUUCCAUUCACCCGCUUCUCAUCUUCUGCUGGUUGGGAACGAGCCUCCUCCACACACACACACACAAACACACUCGAGGAUGGGAGCGCGUACGUUUGACUAUUAUUUUGCAGAACCGCUGCUGCAUUCCGUGGAAAUUUCCCCGCUCUGAGCCAUGGAAAACCAGCUGUGCCACAGACCCCCUCCAGGGUUAAAAAAAAAAUAAAAAAUUGGAGGACAAAAUCUUCCAAAAAAAACAAAAAACAUCUGAACCAUUCAGUGCCUCAGAAGGGGCUGUGGGGCAAAGUCGUUAAAUGAAAUGUUUUACAGACUUGUAGCAAAACGCUGCCGUGGGCUUCCAUCAGAUGGCACAAGCUCGUUUUCCUUGGCAUUCUGUGUCAGAGUGGGAACUCUUUGCCGUCAGAGAUAGUCAACUACAUUGUCCUGCCACUGUAUUGCAUGUGUCAGUCAGUCAAUAAUUAUAACAAUUAAAAAAGUCAAUAAAUAUACAGGAACAAUUGACUUGAGCGUGUCUUGUUUCAUAAAAAGCAUCCUGAUCUACUGUAUUUUUGCAACUACGGGAUGUGCUCAGAUAAAAGGGUUUCCUUUCAAAAAAAAUACAAAAAAUAAAAGACUUUGAAAUAGUAAACAAGUGAAAUGGAUCACCUAGCUUGCGGGCGUACCAAACUGCAUUUCCUCUGUAAAGCAGCAAACGUCGUACCUUUUGGCAAAAAAACAACAAAAAAAAACUAAACAUUCAGAGCAAUUGUUGAAAAAAACAAAUAAAGUGGAACCAAUAUGGCGACACUGUAAAGUGACUUUCACGUCUGUGGUGGGAGAGUUCUGUACAAGUAGGUGAACACAUCUAAUAAUAGCAGUGUGCUAAAACCACAAUACUCCCAUUUUCUAACCUUUAUCUUAACAGUUUGACUGGAGACGAGCAGAAAAGUCUUCUUGCGGUGUUUGGCAGCUGUGAUUGCGUAAGAGACUGCUGGUAACAAUGACACUUUUUCUACUAAUUACAAAGGAGUGUUAAGGCCACAUUGACAAAAAAAAAAAAUAGUAACAUUUAGUUGAAGCUUUUCUCCCGGUCACACACAACGGUGACCUGUAAAAAUGGUGAAAGAAAUAAAGUAUUUGAUUUUAUUGUUUAAAAAAAUAAAAUAAAAAAGAACAAGAGGGUCUCUCUUAUUCUUAGGUCAGCCCUGUACUUUUUCGAGUAACAUUCUCUUUUUUUGUAGUGAUCCCUUUACAAGAAUACUGGUAAUAUUUACAAUCAAACCUAUUGCUUUUGUACGCCCCACUUUUUGUAAUGAUUCAGUUUUUUUGUCCAUUUGUGUGCCCAAACCAAGAUUUUUUAAUUGACUGUAACCGCAACAAAAUGGGGCCAAAUAAAAUUGUGAGUGCCAGCACUUUGAUAAAGAAGGUGAGGACCACUAUUGAAGACUAUUGAUUUGACAAGAAUGUCGUAGCAAAGUACAGUCGUCCUUCGCCCAUUUUGCUUUUUUUAAAUAUAUAUUCUAUAAAGUCACAUCACAAAAGAUGUGACUGACGGUACUUUAAUAAAGAAAGUGAGAAACCCAAUUGAAUUUAAGAAAGAAGUGGAACCGCAACAAAACCUACGAUGGGGCCCAAAGAAAGUUGCGAGUGCAAGUACCACAAAAGGUAAGAAACACUAUUGAAUCUGGUAAGUAUGUCAUAGCAAAGUACAGUCGUCCCUCUCCCAUUUUUGCACUUCGAUUUUUUUUUUUGCGGUUUUGUUCCAUACAUUUUUCUUUUAAUUAUAUUUUUAUUUUAAAAACUCAUAUUGGGAAAGAUUUGAAUGCCGGUACUUUGACAAAGAAGGUGAGAAACAAUUGAAUUCAAGAAGAAAGUGGACCUGCAAGAAACCCCACGAUGGGGCCAAAGAACGUAAGAAAAACAAUCGAAUUCAAGAAGGAAUUGCUAGUAACAUCACUUUGAUGAAGAAGGCGAGCAACACUAUUGAAUUCAAGAAAGUGGUAGCAAGGU